CCGGUCCUUAUCUUUGAUGGCGGACAUCAACUUUUGCAUUUCCUCUUCAGAUUGUGCUAACCGUUUUUGAAGUUCAGCAAUUGCUCUAUAAAUAUGAGAGCAAAAAACAACAACAGUCAAUCCAAUAUCUUGGGGAGUGAGGUACGUCAAUGAAGGUGGAUAUCCUUCAGCAGAGGGCUGGGCCGUCCUUUUCGUGUGUAAUGACGCAGGAGGAUGCUGAUGUUACUAAGGACACAAGAUAUAAUCAACAUCUCAUCACUGGCUACAUUAAUGAGCUGCAACCUCUGAGGGUGACACUGUGUAUCCAACCUGCUCCCGGCUCAGAUAUUCGGAGGGUGAGUGAGCAGAGCCACCUACCAGACACAGGUUUACCAGUCCUAUCCAACACUGCGUUGUAUUUUCCUAAAAACAAUAUGGCUGCUAUAACUCAACUUGAACGAGAUAUGAUGUCUAAAGCUCAGCGCCAGAUUCCCCAGUGCCAGGAUCCAAUAGAGAAGUUGAGGCUGCAGUGUCUGGCAAGAGGAGCGUCCGGAAUUAAAGGUCUUGGAAGAGCUUUUCGCAUCAUGGACGAUAAUUACAGCAACUGUUUAGAUUUAGAAGAAUUCACAAAAGGACUGCAAAACUAUGGUCUCUCCCUACAGCCGGAAGAAGUACAGGACAUUUUUGAGCAAUUUGACAAAAAUCAGGAUGGGACCAUCAACUUUGAUGAAUUCUUGAACUCUGUCAGGCCUCCAAUGUCCAAUGCUCGCAGAAAGGUCAUACUAGAGGCUUUUCAUAAAAUGGAUAAGACAGGUAAUGGAGUAAUUACUGUUGAAGACCUGAAAGGCGUCUAUAAUCCAAAAUGUCACCAGAAGUAUCAGAAUGGAGAGUGGAAUGAGAGACAAGUGUUCCAACAUUUCUUGGAGAACUUUGAUUCACCCAAUAACAAGGAUGGACAGGUGACAGAAGAAGAAUUCCUGAAUUACUACAGUGGUGUCAGUGCCUCCAUAGACAGUGACGCAUACUUUGUGGUGAUGAUGAAGAACAACUGGAAAAUUUAACAUUAUAUUUGUUUCCUACUUUUCUAUUAAAAUAAGUGACCUGACCUCAUACUUACACACCAUAUAACCUUAACAAAAUCGCUCCUAGCAAAAGUGAUUAAGGCUAGUUUCACACUAGCCUUAGUUCCGGCUGCAGCAUGGCAAACAUGCCAAGAGGCGGCCGGAAUAAAACUACGACAUGUCGUAGUUUUAUUCUGGCCACCUCUCGGCCGGACAUGUCGUAGUUUUAUUCUGGCCGCCUCUCGGCCGGACAUGUCGUUGUUUU